GUUUGUUUACCUGGUUUGCAUAUCAGCAUUGGUGUUUUCAAUAGGCUGUAUGACCUCCUCCGACAAGCACUUCACAAAGUGGAUUUACUGGUAGCUGAUGAUCUAGCAAAAUCAAACAAUAAAACUGGGUGUGAUGCUUUUCAAGAUUUUGUAAAGUCAUUGUCAUUGUAUGAAGAAACAAAACUGAAAGAAAGCACUUUGAUUGAAGAGGCAAGAGCUUGUGAACAUGAUGCAAUGUUUUCAUUACUGAAUUCCACUGAUGGAGACAAAGACAGUGAAAACAUCUUUAAAAGAGCUGAUGAGUUACGCCAUCAAGCUGAUGAACUGAACAGACAAGCAGAAUUACAGGCAAAGACUUCAAAACUAAAAAUUGGAGAUGGACCAUGCGCAAAGAAACUAGAAAAAGUUCUCAAAGAAAUCGGGGCAGAGAGACAAUCGUACCAUGGUGGAAGCUUUAACGGAAAUCAUACUGAUAAAUGUCUUAAGGCCAAAAACAUCAAUUUGCUCUCAAGUGUUGCAGUUGAAGUAUGCAGUGAGCUUGGCAUUGAGUUAUGGGAAGCUGAAAUGGUUCAAGAUCAGUUCUCUCAAGUGCUUAAUUCUUACAACAAUGUACACAAGACUAUGAACAAAGCUGUCAAACUUAGUGAUGAAGAAAUAACUAAACUAGAAUCAGAUAUCAAAACAUUUUUGGCACUAUAUCGCCACUUUUUUCCGUCAGCAAGCAUCUUCCCCAAGCUACACUUUUUAGAAGAUCACAUGGUUAGCUGGGUUAGGAAAUACAACACAGGAGUAGGUUUACUUGGGGAGCAAGGCAUCGAGUCCAUACAUCACUCAUUCAAUGAGUUAAAACGUACAUACUCAAGUGUGAGAAACCGUGUGGACCAGGYAAAAUAUAUGCUUGAGGAACAUCACAGAAGAUGCCAUCCUGACAAUAUAAGCAAAGUACCCCUAAAGAAAACAAGGAAGAUUUGCAAAGAACAAUGAAAAACAAGGUUGCAUAACUAACACAUAAACAAGAGYUGAGRAUAAUGACUUUGUACUUACCCCUUUCGCAUGAAGUACCAAAAGGCCUCCAUUUUUUCCUCUUUCGGGAGACUUUUAUAGUUUUUCCAAGAAAUAUCCUUGUACUUUUCCGCGGCCAUUAUCAACCAAAGACAACCGAUAUUACUGUUAAAAACCUUCGAGCUUGAAGUUUAAUGGCGGGAAAAACAAAAAUGACGCGCGUGGCAAUUCCCAGGGCGGGAAAACAGAUCGAAGGAAUGAUCGUCUUUGUGGUUUAGAAUUACAGAUAAAAAUAAUAGUACAUAAAUCUUUGUAAAAAAAAUGUUAGUAGAAUAUGAAUUGUAAAUACAGCACACCAACUGAAUACCUAA